AACAGUGUCAUUUUAGGAGGAGCUCACAAGCCAAACACAUUGGAAAAGUAUUUGCUUGUGUGGAUGAAGAAAUAUCCAUCUGUGACUGAUGUGCCAAAAACAGUGACGUAUGAUAUGAUGGAGAAGGUUCGAAAUUGGGCUCGCAUCAAAAUUAAUAUUUUUUUUUGUUUCGUCACUAUUGCUGUUUGCGUGGGUAUGAUUUAUAGUGGCAAAAAAGCAGCUGAACGAGGCGAAACGCUGCAGAAAAUGAACAUAAAGUGGCACGAAGAGCAAAAUAUAAAGAAAUAAGUUUCUAAAUAAAUGUCGAAUUAUUAUAUUCGAAAUAUGUAUGUAGAUAUUAUAUAUAUAUAAAUAUAUAAUAUGUGUAAUAAAUAUAUAAUAAAUAUGUAUGUAGAUUAAAUAGUUUUAAUAAAUAUUAUGUAUGGAAAAGUGUUUAAUAAAUGUAUCUAUUGCUUCUUGAUAUAUUUUUAUAAAGCUACUAAAAAGUCUUGUAUUAAAAUCGACAAAAAGUCUUGUAUUUAAAAAAAAAAAAAAAAAAAAAUGUAUAUUCUUAAAACUGAAAGAAAAAGUUUUAUAGAAAUCAUCUUUUAAAAAAAACUUGAAAAAUACUCCUGAAUGUGUAAACUUUUCAUGUAUGCAGAUGAGUAAACGCAAAUAAACUGUCUAUUUUUUUUUUAUA